AUCCUAGAACUUCGGAAUAUAUGUUAAUUCAAGAAUAUGCUGACGGAGGUAACUUGCGACAGUACCUGAGGCUAAGUUGUCAAAUAUUAACUUGGCAUAACAGACUUCAAUUGGCUUGUCAAGUAGCUAAUGGAAUGCAUAUACUUCAUAAAGAAGGGAUUGUGCAUAGAGAUCUUCAUUCGAAAAAUAUCCUAGUGCAAAAAGGGGUUGCCAAAUUAACCGAUUUUGGAAUGUCGCGAAUUAUCAAUGCCAAUUCUUCGACCAAUAAUCAAGUAUUUGGCAUUACACCCUACGUUGCACCAGAGCGUCUUCGUGAUGGUAAAUAUCCGCUUGAUACGCGUUCAGAUAUCUAUUCGUUUGGUGUUAUUUUAUGGGAGAUUGCGAAUCCGCAUGGAAAAUAUGCUUUUGAAGGAAGAGAAUUUGAUUGCACGUUUAUCUUGUCGAUAAUAGAUGGAUUAAGAGAAACACCAAAUUCAGAAACAGAAAGUGAUUACGUAAAGCUUUACCAGGAAUGUUGGGAUCCGAAACCUGAAAAUCGUCCAUUAAUGUCAUCCGCAUUACAAAGAAUCGAAAUAUUGAUAUGA